AUGGCCACACGCCUCAGAUCGGCUGGUAAGAAAUGUACAGUGAUCGGCGGGUCAGGAUUCUUAGGCCAGCACAUGGUGGAGCAGCUCCUGGAGAAGGGUUAUGCCGUCAACGUGUUUGAUAUUCAGAAGAGAUUUGACAAUGACAGAGUGCAGUUCUUCCUGGGAGACCUUUGCGACAAAGAGGCUUUGCUCCCAGCUUUGCAAGGUGUGUCAGUGGCAUUUCAUUGUGCAUCACCAGCACCUUCAAGUGACAACAAGGAACUGUUUUAUAAGGUGAAUUUUAUGGGAACCAAAGCAGUCAUUGAAGCCUGCAAAGAAGCUGGAGUGCAGAAACUGGUGUUAACUAGCAGUGCCAGUGUAGUUUUUGAGGGCACAGACAUAAAAAAUGGAUCAGAAGACCUCCCUUAUGCAAAAAAACCUAUCGACUAUUACACAGAGACGAAGAUCCUACAGGAGAAGGAAGUGCUCAGUGCGAAUGACCCAGGCAAUAAUUUCUUCACUACUGCUAUUCGUCCCCAUGGAAUAUUUGGUCCUAGGGACCCUCAGCUGGUUCCCAUCCUCAUCCAAGCAGCUAAGAGCGGCAAAAUGAAGUUCAUAAUUGGGGAUGGAAAGAACUUGGUGGAUUUCACCUAUGUGGAAAACGUGGUCCAUGGACACAUCCUGGCUGCAGAAAAUCUUCAGAAAGACUCUCCCCUGUGUGGGAAGGCAUUUCAUAUCACAAAUGAUGAACCAGUUCCUUUCUGGGCUUUCAUGUCCCGUAUCUUGACUGGCUUGAACUACGAUGCUCCCAAGUACCAUAUUCCCUAUUGGCUGGCGUAUUACCUGGCCCUGUUCCUGUCCCUAGUGCUGUGGCUGCUCAGUCCGCUGGUCACCAUCAAGCCCACUUUUACCCCCAUGCGGGUAGCAUUAGCUGGAACGUUUCACUACUACAGCUGUGAACGAGCUAAAAGAGACAUGGGCUACAAACCAGUGGUGAGCUUGGAUGAAGCGAUAGACAGGACUCUGCAGAGCUACCCCCACCUACGCCGGGCUAAGGCCUGAGAAGUCCUAGAUGGAUUUUUUCCUACUUGAUUUUUGUAAUUGCUUUGACAUCUUAACGUGAACACUGAAGCAAAUUUCACUAAUUCUCUGGAACAGGGAGUUUUCCCGAAGUUCCUCCUCCUCCUCACCAUUAUCAAGACGGCUUUAUCUGG